AUGGACAGUGUCAGCGGCAGCGAAGUCUCAUCGGAAGAAGAUUCGGCACUUGCCCUUGCCUUGCUCUCGAAACGGGACGAGCUUACGAGGGCCUUGGGAGGAGGUGGAAGUGUAAUUGGAAUUGCACAAGGAAGCGCAAAUGGAAGUGGAGGUGGUGCUCUGCCUUACGAUUUGAUUGCGUAUCUGGAGCGCGCGGCCGUGCAUUCAGAGCUGGGGUAUCCCGAUUUGGCAGCCGGCGAUGCGUAUAGAGCACUCCUGCUGUGCGACGAGUGCUCGGAUGCGGGGUUUGAGUAUCACGACUUGGCGCUGGAUGCGUUGAGAGAGCGCUGUGCUGCGGGGUUGCCUGCUGUGUUGGGGGGGAGAGGGAGGGGCAGCGAGGAGCUUGAGCGCGGGGUAGGCGGUUUGGAGAUUAUUACUGAGGGGCAAACCGCGAAUGCAAACGCGAAUGCAAAUGGGGAUGCGAGUGAGGACGAAGACGGGCACGAAGAUGAGGACGAUGACGAUGAGACAAAGCGGCUGAAAAGGAUUGCGCGCAUAGCUUCAAUACGCUGUUUUCGCAUGCUCGCGAUUAGUCUGCUGCUAUGCGGUUGUCUGAAGAGCUCGUAUGAUUUCUGUAUUAGGGGUUUAGGCGCCGCGUCUGAAGAUGAAGAUCUUUUGCAGGCAAAGGAAUACAUACAGCUCAUGGUACGGCGGAGACUGAAGCUCUCCUCGGAUGAAGAAGUGGAUAUUAGUGAACUGCCUGACCAAGGGCUGGUACGGCGGGAGGUCUAUCCAUGGAACACCCACGAGCCAAACCGCUUCUCGCAAGAAACCCUGGAUUUCCUGAACAAAGAGCUAGAAUCCGUUGCCCCGAAAUGCGAAGUCAAGGUCACGGAGCUGCCUACGUUAUUGGAAGGAAUAGGAGAGCUGGAGAGCACGAAUAAACAGCUGGGUUUAUUUGCAAAAGAGGAUAUCGAACCAGGCGAAGAAGUCCUCGAUGAAAUCUCCCUCCUUGCAACCAACAACCUGCUCAAAGAAUCCCUCUGCGACGCCUGCAGCUCAACCCUCCCACCUUUAACCGCAGACAGCAAAGUAGUAGACUGCCCCGACUGUGACGACAUCAUGUUCUGCGACACCACUUGUCUAGAACGGGCACAGGAAUCCUACCAUCCAGCAAUAUGCAACACAGACAUCGACACCAUAGCCAAAGACCCAGAUCCAAAAGAGAAGCCGUCUGCACUGUACUUACUACUGAUUGGAAGAGCGUUAGCCAUGGCUGCAACACAGCAAGUCCACCCCCUCGAGCUGAAAGAAGUGAAGUAUAUAUGGGGCGACUUCCUCCCCAGCGCCUCCAACACUAUCCCGAUCUCCCCCAACGCCGAGCCACCUCCCACCUGGACCCUACCCUUCUCCUUCUACUCCAAUAUCUCGGGCCCGCUGCACAUGCUCGAGAAAAUGGACAUCGACAUCUUCACGUCCCUUGACACAUACGAUUUGUGGGGUUUCAACACCCUGUAUGCGAAAUUCCGCGGCACGGCUUCCGCGCGCGUGAAUCCUCGGACGGGACAUCCGGAAGUCGCAGCUGUGCAUCCGCUGUGGUGUCUUGCGAAUCAUGACUGCGACCCGAACGUGCGCUGGGAGUGGGGGGCGCGGAUGCGGUUCUGGUGUCGGGAGCGACGGAUUAGAGGGGAGAGUGGGGGCAUUAAGAAGGGCGGGGAGGUGUUGAAUCAUUAUUGCGAUAUAGAAUUACCUGUCAAGGAGAGGAGGGAGUGGGCGAUUGGCAGUUUGGGCGGGAGGUGUAUGUGUGGACGGUGUAAGAGGGAGGCGGGGGAGUUGAAUGGGCAUGGGCAUGAGCAUGACAAGAAAUACACGAAAGAAAAAUUUUCCUCUCAGCCGCGCUUUUACCACAAACGAUUCACUUGCCACAAAGCAUUGCUGGGGUUCAAAUCGGAGUAUUUCGAUGCUGCUUGCUUUGGCACGUUCACAUCAAACGAAGUUGGCGAGAUCCACCUGGAAGAAGAAAAUCCUGAAGCCGUCUCUGCAUUCGUCGCUUGGUUAUACACUGGUCGGAUUCCAAUAUCGUGCUUGGUUAAGCUAGCAGUCUUAUGGGUCCUAGGAGACAAGCUUCGAAGCCCUGGUUUCGCUAACGAGGCUAUACACUUUAGCUUUAGCAGAUGCUGUGAGGAUUGGCUUACAGCUGCAACAGCUGAAUAUGUUUACAGCAACACUACCAGCAGCUCCAAAUUACGAGCUUUCAUCAAAGAUAUGAUACUCCACGAAGGCCCGUUGUUUGAUCGACCAGGAAGUGAUUAUGUGGAUUUUAUAAGAAAUUGGAGAGAUUUGAUACGACAAGGAGGCGAUCUUCUAGUUGAUAUAUCGCUCGAGGGAUCUUUUAAUCAUUACUCUGAUGAAGAUACCACAAGCCCAUGGCAUUGGAAGAAUUACGACAAGUAUCUAGAGCCAGUUACCACCCGUUCAAUCGAAGACUUCCUCGAAGGAAAACCAAGGGAAGGCACGAGAAAGCUCCUCAAGAGGAAGGCAGUUGAAUGA